CACACUUUAUCAGAACACAAGGCCGGACUUCAGUUGGACGAAUAAGCACGCAUUUUGGCCAAAACUUGCCGUGAUACCGUUCACUGAUAAAACCGAGUGGCAACUCCGAUUGCUCACCAUGUAUACAAAAACAAGAACCGACGAUGAAAGCGAGUCGCGUGAUAAAUAAAUGAAAAGCGGAGGCCCAACAGAAGAAAGAGCGAUUCAAAACGAAUAGGUUGAUUAGCAGAAUCGUCGCUUCUGUUCCGACAAACACGAACGGAAAGCAGCAAAAUAAUAAAAUAACAAAUAUAGGACCCAAAUAAAGGCACCAAAAACGAUAGAAGUCGCUUAAAUUUCACUGUGAAUCCUACGAAUAUCGAAUAUUGCAGAACCCAGCUGCGUCUUCCUUUUCCUUUCAAAAUCCUCGAGUAAGUGCAGGCGGAGAGCGAAAAGAGCGCGCGAAACGUGGAGAGAGGCGACAAGUAAAUUUGAGCCAGAAUUUCCGAUUGAGGUGACUUCCUGGGAAAAGUGAACUGAACCAGAGACGCUUAUCAUCAGGCGGUUAUUAUGAAAGGCAAUCAUUAUAAAAUGUCUCGUAACAAAGACAAAUACGACAGCGCCAAUCGGAGGCAGCAGAUCUUUCUGUCGCAGGAGGACAUAGCUGCGGGCAAGAAGACAAACUGGAGUGGCCUAGAGAUUACUGGUGGGUAUCGCACACUUAAUCCCAACAAAUAUCAUAUUAAUUCUACAACACCUCUGAUUACAGGCUGCGUCCGCAAUAUCAGCCCGUCGCUGUGGGAGUUUGAGCAUCUAACCGCCCUCUACCUGAACGACAAUCAGCUGCUGCGAUUGCCCGCAGACGUUGGCAUGCUGACCAGCCUCCGAACUUUGGACCUGUCCAGCAAUAAGCUAAGAAGUCUUCCCGCAGAGCUCGGCGAACUCAUCCAGUUGCGGGAACUGCUGCUGAACAACAACUUUCUGCGCGUACUGCCUUACGAGAUCGGCAAGCUGUUCCACCUCGUCAUACUCGGCCUCAUGGGCAAUCCGCUGCAAAAGGAGUUCAUGAACAUCUACAACGAACCGAACGGCACGCAGAAACUGCUCACCUACAUGCUGGACAACUUGUCAUUUACCGUGAAUCCACCGCCCCAGAGGCCCUGGCUACCACUGGCCAAGCCCAACAAAACGCGACCAGCCUGCAUUUUUACGGUCAUGUGCUAUAAUGUGCUCUGCGACAAGUACGCGACGCGGCAAAUGUACGGAUACUGUCCGUCGUGGGCGCUGUGCUGGGAGUACCGGAAAAAGUCCAUAAUCGACGAGAUACGGCACUAUGCAGCGGACAUUAUCAGUCUGCAGGAGAUCGAAACGGAGCAGUUCUAUCACUUCUUCCUGCCGGAACUCAAGAACGAUGGGUACGAGGGAAUCUUCUCACCGAAGUCGCGAGCUAAGACUAUGUCCGAGCUGGAGAGGAAGUACGUCGAUGGCUGUGCGAUAUUUUUCAGGGCGUCCAAGUUCACGCUGAUCAAGGAGUCACUGAUCGAGUUCAAUCAGCUGGCAAUGGCCAAUGCCGAGGGCUCCGACAACAUGCUGAACCGCGUUAUGCCUAAGGAUAACAUCGGUCUGGCCGCCCUGCUCAAGGUGAAGGAGAACGCAUGGGAGCCGAUGUCCGAGGUGACGCAGAUCUCGCAGCCGCUGCUCGUCUGCACGGCGCACAUACACUGGGACCCUGAGUUCUGCGACGUCAAGCUCAUCCAGACGAUGAUGCUCAGCAAUGAGUUGAAGACGAUCAUCGACGAGGCGAGCCACAGUUUCCGGCCGGGUCACAAGAACGACUCCAAUGCUGUCCAGCUGCUGCUGUGCGGUGACUUCAACUCGCUACCCGAUUCAGGCGUUGUGGAGUUUCUGGGCAAGGGCCGCGUCUCCAUGGAUCAUUUGGACUUCAAGGACAUGGGCUACAAGUCCUGCCUGCAGCGGCUGCUCUCGAACGACACCAACGAGUUUACGCACUCGUUCAAGCUAGCCUCCGCCUACAACGAGGACAUCAUGCCGCACACCAACUACACGUUCGACUUUAAGGGCAUCAUCGACUACAUUUUCUACACGAAGACGGGCAUGGUGCCGCUGGGCCUGCUGGGUCCUGUCUCCAAUGAUUGGCUGCGCGAGAAUAAGGUUGUUGGAUGCCCACAUCCGCAUAUACCCUCUGAUCACUUCCCACUGCUGGUGGAGCUAGAGCUGAUGCAUACGGCUAGCCAACAGGCGCCUCCUAACGGGCUGAUCAAUCGCCGGUAGCAAUAGAAUAGACGCGGCAGACCCACCACCAGCAACAGCACCACAACCAGUACCACCCUGAUGACGACGACGACGGCGUCGGCGGCCACGCGCACGUCGGCUGCCAGCGGGGGAGGAAGCGGGAGUGGGAUUGGGAGCGGGAGUGGCGGAGUAGCUGCAAGUGGAAGUGGAGGCGGUGCACUCAUGAUCCCGGGCGGAUAUAGGGGUCGGAGCUGCAGCAAUAGCGGAUGCCAUCGUCUGACAGCUGCUCUCGGAGCGGCGAGAAAAGUAGUGAAUCCACCGCCGCCGCCGGCGGAUAAGCAGCAAACCGCCACUCCCCAUCCCGCUCCCAACUGACGUGGCGAUCUGCUCGCAUCAAAAUUCAGUUUAAGUUAGAUACGACAAACUUUGAUUUCUAAUCCGGUCCCUCAGCUCUUGUACCCACCAUCCCCCCAAGAACCCUAAGUUAUAAGCUGACGACGUUGUGGAGGUUCCGCCGCUUUGUGCGCUGGAUCGCAAAGUGUGCUCACCAAUGCAACACAUUAACUAAGAUCGUAAUCGUAAUAGGAAGGAAUAUAAUUUACUUGCUGCACACCUCUUACGCGCUUCUCGUUUUGAUUUAUCAACUGCACGUUUUCACCAUCGAAUAAAUCCAUUAUAUACAAUAUGCACAUGUCAGCAGUUAAAUUCUUGAAACACUCUUAUCUAACCACAUUGUAAAUCUAAGCCGAUUUCGUUUAGCCACAUUUUCAGCAGCCGUUCGUAAAAAGUUCCCCGAAACCAAUUAUGCAUUAAGUGAAAAGUAAAUUACAUUGUGUAAAAAGUAAAAGAAAAAGAUAUCUAAGUAAAAAGAACCUAUGCAAAUUUAUCUGAUCAACCCCGUUUUCCAAGUUGAGUCUGUCAGGGUUACAAAAACUACAGAGUUACAACAUACAACUAAUGUGUAUAAAAACUAUUUUGGCCAGGCAAGUAAAUGCUCCGUAUGUGCAAAGUAAAAUAGAUCUAGUUGAUAAUGCAGCCGCAGAUUCAUGUAAUGUAUGACAUUAGAAAGCUUAAAAAAAAAAA